CGCGGGCGCGGGCUCGCUCGCCGGCCGUCCUGCGGGCGGGCGGGCGGCUCGGGGCGUAGGGCCGGUGCCCGCGGCCAUGGGAAAUCGAGUUAUCAGAAUUGACUCCAGAAGAGAAAACCUUGCAGACCAGUAACAAUGGAAGAAAUUGGGAAAGUCACCAAAAAGCCGUUGUCCUCCACAACACCAGGCUCAGCUGGCAUCUCAGGUUAAAAAAAAUCCUUCAUGAAGAAGAACAAUCUUAAGCAACAUGAUGGAUUCAGAAGCUCAUGAAAAGAGGUCACCCAUUUUAACAUCUUCAAAACAAGAACUGUCACCUCACAUUACAAAUGUUGGUGAAAUGAAGCAUUACUUCUGUGGUUGUUGUGCAGCUUUCAACAAUGUAGCCGUCACAUUUCCCAUUCAGAAGCUCCUCUUUAGGCAGCAGCUGUAUGGAAUCAAAACCCGGGAUGCAGUACUUCAGUUGAGAAAGGAUGGAUUUCGAAACUUGUAUCGUGGAAUCCUUCCCCCAUUAAUGCAGAAAACAACGACACUGGCCCUUAUGUUUGGUCUGUAUGAGGAUUUAUCUUGCAUUCUCCGUAAGCAUGUUAGUGCUCCCGAGUUUGCAACUCGUAGUGUGGCUGCAGUGCUUGCAGGGACCACAGAAGCCAUUUUCACUCCAUUGGAAAGAGUUCAGACAUUACUUCAAGACCACAAACAUCAUGACAAAUUCACAAACACAUAUCAGGCUUUCCGGGCACUCAAAUGCCAUGGGAUUGGAGAGUAUUAUCGAGGUUUGGUACCUAUUCUGUUCCGUAAUGGAUGCAGCAAUGUCCUUUUUUUUGGCCUUCGGGGUCCCAUUAAGGAUCAUCUCCCUACUGCAACAACUCGCAGUGCUCAUUUAGUCAAUGACUUCAUCUGUGGAGGUCUUUUGGGUGCCGUGUUGGGAUUCUUGUUUUUCCCAGUUAAUGUUGUAAAAACUCGCAUACAGUCUCAGAUUGGUGGGGAAUUUCAGUCUUUCUCCAAGGUUUUCAAAACAAUCUGGCUAGAACGGGACAGAAAAGUGGCAAAUCUUUUCAGAGGUGCACAUCUGAAUUAUCAUCGGUCCCUCAUCUCUUGGGGAAUAAUCAAUGCAACUUACGAGUUCUUGUUGAAGGUUAUAUGAAAAAGUCAUCAGUGAAAUGCCACUUAUCAACUAAACAGACCUAAGAAGAAUAGUUUGGUCUUGUUACUAAUAGGCCUAAAUGAAGUUGAUACAAAGUCCAUACUACAGUAAAUUAUGGGCAAUGAUGUUGUUAAGCACCGACAAAAAAGACUAAGAGGAUUCAGUAGGAAAAAGUAAGGUUUUUCUUUUGUUUUUAAUCAUUACCCAAGAGAUUUAGGCUAAUUGCCUGGCAAAAAGAUACCUGAUUGCUUUUGAAAGGGUAACCUAAUGGCCAAGAUAUGGUUCAUUUUUCUCCUGAAAUAGCUUUUAAGCUUUCUCUAUUGAAACUUAAUGACCUUGAGCAGCCAAAGGAAAUGCUCUUAACACCUGUGACUUCUCAGGCUUCCUUAAUGUGCUACUCCAUUUCUUCUUUGCUCUAAGGAAUACUUGCAAAAGAUUUAUUAAACUCAAAUAUGGUAGAACAGAACAGAGGAGAAAAACAGCUUAGUUGUAAGGCUAUUUCUUGAUGAGUUCGUUGGUAUUAGUUAAGCACUUGUUGAGAUAGUCUUUAUGUAGACUGUUUGUUUUAACUUGGUAGAAUCAACCAGCUAAUAAAAAGUUCCCAAUUUGCUAACUAUCUAGCUUGAAAAGUUUUCUGUUUAGUUUUUUACUUUAAGCCCAUCUAACUUAUCUUAACUGUUUCAUUCUGGUAGUAAAUUGUUAAUUGCACAUAGAUCUUUGAUUAGUUUGGUUUAUUUCAAUUAUUAGUGCCAAGUUAGUAGAAGAUGUUCCCCUCUCCCCCUAGUGUCAUUUGUCCGAUUCAAGCAGCCUGUUCUCCUGAAACUAUACUUUUUAAAAAACGCUUCCAUAAAAGUUUAUUUUGGAAGUCUGUUAAUACAGUCCCAAGUUUUCUUUUUGCUCGGUUUCUAAAUGUUACAAGGGAGAAAAUAGACCUCAGGACAGCUCUUGCCCCA